CACCACUAUCUUGGGAGCUGUGAGUACAUAAUAAAUGGUCUAGAUCUGUGUUCGCGAGAUGCAUGUAGCUUGCCAAUAUCAACUGCCAUGAGCGCAGAAACAACAAAGGCAACCUAUCGGGCAUGAAACCAUGGCAUCAAAUAUUCAUUCCUAUCACGGAAUGCUUGCUUCUCUAUAUCACACAAUCGAUUUGGAGCAUGUAGAACAUCUGGAGCGGGCCAUAUGGACCACCAAAACCGGGAGGUAUCAAGACGCUCUCGAAAUCUUCGACAAGCUUCCGGGACCUGUGCUGGACGUUCCGGUCGUGCUUAUUGAGCUUUCGUACCUACACUACCAGAACUUCCGUUAUCGAGAUCUCUGCAAUCUUCUGGAACCGAGGCUUGAGCGCCUGAAGCAAGAAGAUCCAGAAAGACUAGACGAUCCAGAAUGGCGACUCAUCGCGCUAAUUUACAGCGUCGGUGCGAACAGAGGUAGAGGUUGGAUGGAACCUGGUAUCCGCGAGCUUCAACGCACACAGCAAUGGCUUGCAAAACUUCCAGUUUCGGAGUAUAGCGAAUUACAUGUGCAAAUCGCCUGGCGUUAUGUCAUAACGUAUCUCAUGACAAGACUACAAACUGGGCUUGCAGGGAAUCUUGACGACUAUCACAAUGUUCCGCUUCCCAACGAGACUUCUCUUCCAGCCGCCCCAUGGAAAGGUCUGGGCGAUCUUCGACGCGAGCUAGUGAGGCAGCACAGGUGGAAAGAAGCGAGUGCUAUCUUCAAACCCGAACUCAAUCGUACGCCACUGAAAGAGCGUCGUUCAGUCGCAGAGGCUUUUUUACAUGAUCUACAGGACUGCUCGGAUCCGAGCAAGAACUUCAUCAUUGCAGGUGUACGAUUGCAAAUGGCGAAGGCAAUGGUUGAGGUUCACGAAUUGGCAUCAGCUAAAGACGAUGCAACUCUCUGCAUUGAGUCGCUGGAUCAAUGGUGCAUUGAUAUCGGCCUCGAGAGGAACGCCAUUGUGCCCUUGCGCUUCGAGAUCGAGCAAUUGCAGCUCGGGUUCAUCGCCGACCAAGAGGAGAAACUGCGCAAAGCAAUGGACUUAGCAGACCGUAUGUCAGAGUUUGGUCACUCAAACGAAUCCAGCUGCUUGGACCUCGCCGCUGAAACAGCGAGCAAGACUGCAGAGCUCACGGGUAACCUCGAGUAUCGGAAACAGUGCCUGGAUCUGCGAGAACGCCUUGAGCGAUACAACGAGGAGGUCACCGGAGAUCUCUGCGACCUUUCAACACACGCCUACGAAGCCCACAGCAUUGCGCAGCACACCCAUGUUGAUGCACGCAAGGCGGUUGAGUGGAUCGAUGGGUUCCUGGCGAAAUAUCCAAGCUUCAAAGCUCCGCGAGUUAUGGAAUCGUUGUGGACAAGGAAAGCUGUCCUCCUUAACACACUCAGGGAUCUGGAAGGUGCCCAAGUAGCUGCAGCCGAAGCGCUUAAAUGGGAAGCUUUGGCAGGCAGCUGGAAAGGCGUCAACACCAUGAAUAGCAGCAACAUUGUCGCGCCAGGGGACGGUGCGCUUGGUCAAGCUCCUUACGACUCGGAAGAGGACAAUGACGACGAUGAGGGUUUCCUAUCUGGCUGGACUAAUUCGUACGGUGACGAAAGACCUACCGUUGCCAUUAGCAAGAUGAUCGAAUUCGCUUUGCAGGAUGUUGCUGCUGGGCGUUUGUCGGUCGCAGAAACGGGUGACACAAAGACGACAAUUGCAGAAGAGACUCAAUCUCUCGAAAAAGCCAAUCCCAACUCCCCCUUAGCUCGAUAUGACUUCGUCCUUGCUUGGCUCCAAAGACCCGUCCGCGGCUCUCGCGAUCGCCGCCUUAUGUGUCUUCUCCGCUUCAUUGACUACCGUAAAGAGAUGGUUUCCAACCUUGCCCUGCGGGACGUCGCCAUUCGCGACUGCGAGAACCUCCUGCAGCUCUGGGACUCACUACCGCGCAUGCUGAAGGAGUUUACCACAUCAUGGUCGUACGCGUGGCACGCGGAUAUAGCCUGGAACAUGUGGUCCAAAUUUAUCAGCGGCGGGCAAUGGACGCUAUUUGAUAACUUCGGGUUGCUGCUGGACAUUGACAAGAGGUGUGAUUUUGCUAUUGAGGGAUACAGGAAGACGAGCCAGAUUACGGGAAUGGCGAACAUUGAGCGGCUGCAGGCCCAGGUUGGACUACUUUGUAUGAGGCGGCUGAUCAUAUAUAAGAGGCUGGCUGCGCAGAAAGAGAGGACACCCUUUGAGGAUCGACUUCUGGAGAUAUCGCAGGCGCAAUUUGGCGGGGUGGAGAAUGCUGAUGUGCAUAUUCCGUUGGUGAAAGAAGAAGGGCUCAAGUUGCUCACGGAGAUAGAUGAGAUUCACUCUAGUACGGAGAGAGAGGCAUGCUGGGAGGAUGGGCUGGAAGGAAUCCAGAAACGGACGGAGUUGAGUCGGAUGCAGAUGAGUUAUACCACCAUACGUUACGCCGUACGAUAUUGGGUAAACGGCGUAGACGAGUUCUCAGAAGAAGCCAGAAAAGCCAUCUGGAAUCUGACCCAAAAGUAUAAAGCGCGCUUGCUAUCUCUUGCGAUCGGAAUGUACCGUAGCAACCCCCCAAGUCUGACUCAGCGCAUCCAGUCAUCAGAUGAAGCUCCAAUGUACCAGGAGAUGGUCGAUCUACAGACGACAAUCGAUGAAGCGGAUCCGAAGGAUCGUUUUUAUCUUCGUCUCCGCAUGGACGAGCAUCGAAAGAAGAUGAAAUCGACCCCUCUGUUGAGACAGUUAAUCGAGCUUCGAGAAGGAACACCCCUUUCUCUCGAUAACUUCGACAACCUCACCGACAAGCUAGGAGACGACGUGGUCUUAGUAGAUUGGUUCUAUCUCGAUCCAUUCUGGGACCGCGGAAAGCUCUUACUCUUGACCGUCCGCAAAGGACAGACACCCACAAUCGAUGAGCUCACCGUCGACGUCUCCGCCAUCAAUCGAUGGAAGGAAGAACAUCUCACCGCAUCAGAGUGGCCCAAGAACGGCAUGGACCCAAAGCUCGGCAGCAAACUCGCGAGAAAGUCCUUCAACGAGAUCUGCGGCGCUGUGAUCCAACCCCUAGCCAAGAGAACCAACCCAGACGACAUCCUGGUCCUCUGCCCCACAGACUUCCUAAACGGCAUGCCACUCCACGCCCUUGAAAUCGAUGGCGAAGCACUCCUCUGGCGCAACCCCUGCGUCUACGUGCACAGCCACUCUCUGCUCCGUCUAUGCGCUUCAGCUGCGCAAUACGCAUCCGAUACCGGCACGCCAAUAUACCCAAAGUUUGUUUCUGGCAUCGAGAAAGGCGCUGUGCAUUUCGCGGCUGGCCGUGACAGCAUCGUCGACCUGUCAAAGCAACUCCAGGGCACUACUCUAAUCGAUGACUCCGCUACCAAAGCUAAUUUCCUCCAGCAUGCGAAAGAGGCAAGGCUUAUUCACGUCCAGACGCACUGCUCGUGGGACAGCAGCAAUCCGCUCGAUCAUCACAUCGACAUGCUUUCGCCCUCCGGCGCUGGCAAGUCAGAAAUCACAGAUUAUAAACUGUCAGCUCGCGAAGUUUUCACCCUCCGCCUCCAGCAAGGUGCGCACCUCAACGUCAUCGCGUGCUCCGGCGCAAUGACCGAGACCAAGCCUGGCGACGAGGUCAUGGGACUCGUGCCCGCGUUCUUGUACUCUGGAGCCAGUUCUGUCGUCUCGACACUGUGGCCGACACAUGAUGCCGUCGGUGCUGCCUUUUCGCGGGCAUUUUUCGAAAACUUUGAGGAGCAGCGGAGGCAGGGGACGAAGUGGGUUAACAUGGCGAGGGCGGUGCAGGAGGGCGUUAUGGAGCUGGAUCCGGAUCAGAAUGCGGGGCUGUUGGUGUGGGCGAGUGUGGUGUUGAAUGGGUUUUGGCUGUUUGCUGUGUGAGCUGGCAUCGGUGAUGGUCAAGGAGAUGCAUACACUCGAUCUGGAUCAGAACUGAUAUUGGCCAAACCUGGACUCAUAUCGGAUGAACUCAUCAUGUACGCCAAGUCACGUCGAUGAGCUGCUGUUGCCGCACAUCUCUCAC